AUGAAUCCACAAAUUCCCCUUUACCUACAUGGCUUAGAUGGGCCAAUCAAAGUAAGUGUAGACAAACUCAUAGACGUAAGCAACUACAAAAGAUGGAAGAGAUCCAUAGAAAUAACAUUGUCAUCCAAAAGGAAGCUUGGCUUCACUAAUGGAACAGUGACUAGGGAUAAAGAAGAUAGAGUCAAAGGUGAUCUUUGGGAUACUUGCAAUGACACAGUAAUAGGUUGGAUUAUGGGCUCAGUGUCUGAACCAAUUAAACAAACCAUCAUGUAUAUGAUGUUUGCAACAAAAAUAUGGUUGUACCUUGAAAGGAGGUUUUCCAUCUCUAAUGGCUCACUCAAAUACAAACUCAACAAAGAGUUGUAUGAAACAAAACAAGGGUCAUUAUCAAUCAAUGAAUAUUACACUAUGUUGAAGAGUGUGUGGGAAGAACUGGAAUCCUUAGAUCAACUCCCAUCUAUGACUACAACCAGUGAAGAUGUGACAAAGUUCCUAGAAGCUUUGGAGAAACAAAAAGAAGAAAAUAGGCUUUUUCAAUUCUUGAAUGGCUUGGAUGAGGCCUAUGGACCUUGA